AUGGCCAAGAAGACCGCAGUUGGGAUCGAUCUUGGCACCACCUACAGCUGCGUCGGCGUUUGGAAGAACGACGGCGUCGAGAUCAUUGCCAAUGACCAGGGAAACAGGACCACGCCGUCCUACGUGGCCUUCACGGAUACCGAGCGGUUGAUUGGUGACGCAGCCAAGAACCAGGUCGCGCGCAACCCGGAGAACACCGUCUUCGAUGCCAAGCGCCUGAUCGGCCGCAAGUUCGCAGAUCCCAUCGUGCAGGCCGACAUGAAGCUGUGGCCCUUCAAGCUGCAGGCCGGCGCCGGCGACAAGCCGCUCAUCGUGGUCACCGUGGAGGGUGAGGAAAAGAAGUUCCACCCGGAGGAAAUCUCCUCCAUGGUGCUCCUGAAGAUGAAGGAGACUGCCGAGGCCUACCUGGGCACCAAGAUCAACGACGCCGUGGUCACGGUGCCGGCGUACUUCAACGACUCGCAGCGCCAGGCCACCAAGGAUGCAGGCACCAUCUCUGGCAUGAACGUGCUGCGCAUCAUCAAUGAGCCAACCGCGGCAGCCAUUGCGUACGGACUGGACAAGAAGGGCUCCGGCGAAAGGAACGUGCUCAUCUACGACAUGGGCGGUGGCACCUUCGAUGUCUCCCUCCUGACCAUCGAAGAUGGGAUUUUCGAGGUGAAGGCAACCGCCGGCGACACCCAUCUGGGUGGUGAGGAUUUCGACAAUCGCAUUGUGGACUUCUGCAUUCAGGACUUCAAGCGAAAGAAUCGCGGCAAGGACAUGGCGGGCAACCAGCGGGCCCUUCGCCGUUUGCGAACACAGUGCGAGCGGGCCAAGCGAACGCUGUCUUCCUCCACCCAGGCCACCAUCGAGAUCGACUCCCUCUUCGAGGGCGUUGACUACUCCUGCUCCCUGUCUCGUGCCCGAUUCGAGGAGCUGUGCAUGGAUUACUUCCGCAACUCCAUGGGCCCAGUGGAGAAGUGCCUGAGGGACUCCGGCAUCGAUAAGAAGAAUGUGCACGACGUCGUGCUGGUUGGCGGCUCCACGCGCAUUCCCAAGGUGCAGGCCAUGAUCCAGGAGUUCUUCAACGGCAAGGAGCCCAACAGGUCCAUCAACCCUGAUGAGGCUGUGGCCUACGGUGCCGCGGUGCAGGCCGCCAUCCUGACUGGCGAGGGUUCGUCCCAGGUGCAGGACCUGCUGCUUCUGGAUGUGACGCCCUUGUCCAUGGGUCUGGAAACUGCCGGUGGCGUGAUGACCAAGUUGAUCGAGCGCAACACGACCAUCCCCACUAAGAAGGGCCAGACCUUCACCACCUACGCGGACAACCAGCCGGGUGUGUUGAUCCAGGUCUUUGAGGGUGAGCGCGCCAUGACCAAGGACAACAACCUGCUGGGCAAGUUCCACCUGGACGGCAUCCCUCCAGCCCCGCGCGGCGUGCCCCAGAUCGAGGUGACCUUCGACAUCGAUGCCAACGGCAUUCUGAACGUGAGCGCUUCGGACAAGUCCACCGGCAAGUCCAACCAGAUCACCAUCACGAACGAGAAGGGCCGCCUAUCGCAGGCCGAGAUCGACCGCAUGGUGCAAGAAGCAGAGAAGUUCCGUGCCGAAGACGAGGCUAACAAGCACAAGAUCGAGGCCAAGAAUGGCCUGGAGAACUACUGCUUCACCAUGCGCAACACCUUGAACGAGGAGAAGCUGAAGGACAAGUUCGAGGGCGGCGACAAGGAGAAGAUCGAGGCGGCCGUUCAGGAGACCCUCGAUUGGCUGGACAAGAACCAGCUGGCCGAGAAGGACGAGUUCGAGGCCAAGCAGAAGGAGCUCGAGGGCGUCGUGAACCCAAUCAUGAUGAAGGUCUACCAGGCGGCCGGUGGCGGUGGCAUGCCCGAGGGAGGCAUGCCCGGUGGCGGCAUGGGCGGCGCCGCCCCCGGAGGCGCCAGUGGCCCGACCGUUGAGGAGGUUGACUAG